AUGCUCGCCCGCCUCUCCGUGCUCUUCCCCGCCGCCUUGGCGGUAUGCACCCUCUUCGCCUCCAGCGCGACAGCAGCCGUCCAGCAGCGCGACAUCGGCAGCGCGAUCGACUCGCUCACCUCUGAGGCGGGCUCCGUAGCAUCCAAAGCCACCGCCGAAGCCGGCUCCCUCUUCAGCGACGCGACCUCCGCCGUCGGCGCCCUCGCAACCAUCGUCACCUCGGUGGCCGGCGAGGCGGUCACAGUCGUGCAGGACGCCGACGGCGCGGCGAUCACGCUCGCCGCGAGCGGCCUUGGCGUCGUCACGUCCUUCGCGGGCGCCGUGUACACCGCGUUCACGGGCGACGUCGCGUCCGUGCUCGCGCACCCCACCGUCACCGUCACCGUCACCAGCACCACCACCGUCACCAGCCCCGGCCCCGGCGCCAGCGGCAGCGGCAGUGCGGGGGGCCAGACGAGCAACGCCGCCGGGCGCGCGCGCGGGGCGUCCGGGAUCGCCGCACCCGGGCGCGGGGGGCCGCUCGUGGGCGGGAUGGCGGUGGUGCUCGCGAGCGUGCUCGCUGGGGCGUGGGCGGUCCUCUAGGCUCGUCGGCGGCGGGUGCGCGUAGGCGGGUCGGUCGUUGCGGGGUGUUCUCGUCAGAAUCGGUAUCUCCGUGCGAGCUUGAG